AUGAACGAGUGGUCAGGGCAAACCGUGAUGAGUUCACCUGAUUCACCCCCAGAAAAGAUCCAGAGGGGCAAACCCCACCUUCUCAAGUACUGGGCAGUACCGCGGGGUCUGCAGGCGGGCCCGAGCCUCGGGGGUGGGGGCCUCCCGCCUCGGGGCCUCCACAAGCCUCCCCAUCACUGUCCUCCCGGAGGCUGCGCUGACGUCACCGCCCCGCCUCCCGCCGUUCGCGCCCCGCCCCUUUCCCGGCGUGCACUUCUGCAGAGCAUCCUCACCCUCGGCUGCUGCUUGUUGCCCCAAGAUGGCGGACACAAUGAGCCGGCGCUGCGCUGGUUGGCCCUAAGGCGACUGUGCGGCAGAACGGUGGUCGAAGCCCCCGCGGUCGCGCUGACCGACAGCGUGCUGCGGAGCUUCCGUGUCGCCAAGGUGUUCCGCGAGAACUCGGACAAAAUUAACUGUUUCGAUUUCAGCCCCAACGGCGAGACGGUCAUCUCGAGCAGCGACGACGAUUCCAUCGUGCUCUAUGACUGCCAGGAGGGCAAACCGAAGAGAACCCUGUACAGUAAGAAAUACGGUGUGGACCUCAUCAGAUACACACAUGCAGCAAACACGGUGGUUUACAGCUCGAACAAAAUAGAUGAUACUAUUCGUUACCUGUCCUUGCAUGACAACAAAUACAUCAGAUAUUUUCCUGGACAUAGCAAAAGGGUAGUGGCCUUGUCCAUGUCACCUGUGGAUGACACUUUCAUUUCUGGGUCUCUUGAUAAGACCAUUCGACUUUGGGAUCUUCGGUCUCCUAACUGCCAGGGUCUUAUGCAUUUACAGGGCAAGCCAGUUUGUUCUUUUGAUCCAGAAGGGUUAAUUUUUGCUGCGGGUGUCAAUUCUGAAAUGGUCAAACUUUAUGAUCUUCGUUCUUUUGAUAAGGGACCAUUUGCUACCUUUAAGAUGCAGUAUGAUCGAACUUGUGAGUGGACAGGACUGAAGUUCAGCAAUGACGGCAAACUCAUCCUCAUCUCUACUAAUGGCAGCUUCAUUCGUCUCAUUGAUGCAUUCAAGGGAGUGGUGAUGCACACGUUUGGGGGUUAUGCCAACAGCAAAGCUGUCACAUUGGAGGCUUCCUUUACUCCAGACUCCCAGUUUAUUAUGAUUGGUUCAGAGGAUGGCAAGAUCCAUGUCUGGAAUGGAGAGAGUGGUAUCAAAGUAGCAGUGUUGGAUGGAAAACACACAGGCCCUAUUACUUGUUUGCAGUUCAACCCCAAGUUUAUGACCUUUGCCAGUGCGUGUUCCAACAUGGCCUUUUGGUUGCCCACCAUUGAUGACUGA